AUGGCCGAGUCUAUGCUUGCCAUGAAUCAGUUACUAAAAUGUCUUUGCUCUGAACCCAGCAACGCUACUGAAGAUGAUCCUGCCUGCAAGACCUGUUCUAUGGAUGCUUUGAGUGCUUCAGAAGACGAUGGAGAGGAACCUGACAAGGACAUCACAGCCUUUUGUGGCAACACAGCCGAUGGCACCCCCAACAAAAAACGUGCUUGAAUAGAGCAACCAGACAACAAUGACCCAUUGUUGUUGGAAAUCAUGGAAAAUUUCCUUGACGCUGAUGAAAUGGGUCCAGCCAUCGACAAAAGUUUGCCAACUUUGUUAACAGCCAGUGGUCCAAAAAAUUAUUGUAGUCCUAACUUAAGGAUAAGGUGAUGAAAUAUUUACUGUGAGACUCUCAUAACUCAGUGGGACAACCCUGAAAUUUGGGAUAACAUGACCAACCCAGUGAUACUACAUGACCUGUGAUCCAUGCAGAAAACUAUUGGCACCAUGGUUCUGUCUUGUGAAAAUCUAUAGAGCUCCUGCUAAAAAAUGAAGAAGUCAACCGGUCAGGUCAGACACUGACACUCAGACACUUGUAAAAAUGAACGCUGAUGCAAUUGCUCUUCUAGUUCAUGCUCAUAUCAAGCUGUCCCACAGCCAUAGGGAAGGGAUUAAACUGCAUCUGCACAAGGACUUCGCAGAGCACUGUUCCAGUAACAACUUUUUUGUUCGGAAAUAAUUCGCAAACCCAGCUGAAUGAUAUAUGAACCUCCAACAGAACAAAUACAAGUGCUGUUGGAAGUUGAAGCACAAGCACUUUUGCUAAGGGACCCCCUUCACGAAACUACCACAAGUCUGGCUGCAGUGACAAACCUUUUUCAUGGAAGAGCCACCAGUGGAAAACAGAUUGACGCCUUCUUUCCGUCAGCAGGAUCAAGGGAAGAAACAAUAUUGAUUUCCACUGACACAAUAACAAACCUUCAGGUAACUAAUCUUCCAUUAUCUAUGCCCAACCACUUUACGUAAAUGAUAAGGCGCACAGUUUCAAUAACUAUACAAAGGCUCUGACCCUUGGAAUGAAAAUAUUUGUUCUUGGUAAUUUAAACUGUGAUCUAUUGAGGAGCUGUCGUGAAGGAAACACUUUGAAGAAAUUGUACACCUUAAACCUUACUCAGCUUGUAACUUCACCAACCAGAGUUACAUUUCAAUCAUCUUCCAUUUGCAAGGAAACCAGAGUGGUUGAGUGCCACAUUAGUGAUCACUAUCUAACUUACAGCGUACUUAAUCUCAAGCUACCCAAA